CUCUCUAUCACCGCCUUCGUCGUCGUCUGGGUUUCGCUUUCGUUGUUCCACAAAUAUGGUUCUAUAGGUUUUUCGAAGCAAACAGGAAUACGAGACAAAAACAAAAAGAGACUUCAAAAAUGAGCAUGUGGAUUCCCAGUGGAUUCGGAAGAUGGAGCUUUUGGCUGCUGCCUCUGGCAUUUGCAGCCUGCCUUCUGCCUUUUACCCAAGCGACAGCACCCCAAGGACCUGCCGGUCCCAUUCCCGACAAUGGCAAGCGGAACAGUCGCGGCAACAGCAGCGGCCUGCUGGCUGACUCACAGCUGAGCGCCUCGGAGCGCAGUCGUCGCCUGAUACCCUACAUGGCCUUCUAUCUGCCGGCACCAGAGUUGCCCAUCAAUCAGCAAUAUGCCGCAAAGCAUUCAGCGUCCGCUGGCGGGGCACAGCUGCAGGCGCCCUCUGUGGGACGCAUACCCGUGCCGCUGGCUUACAUGCCACAGCAGCAGCAGCAGCACCAGAAGCAGCAACUGCAUCAUCCUCAGCCCCACCAUCAUCAUGCGUCGCACUAUCAGUCGGGUGCAGGCGAGGUGUAUCAUACACUGGCCAUAGGCAGCCAUCAGCAUCCACAUGCACAUGCCCAUGGACAUCCUCCUCAUCCGCCACCUGGCCAGGGCAAGGAGCAUUUGACGGAUUCGGGCGCCACUUUUAUAGCCUACAAGCCAUUGAACCCAACGCACAAGCACAAGACGGUGCAGCAUUUUCCGCCACUGCCAGCACAAAAGGAGCAGCAGCAGCAGCUCCAGUAUCCUACGCAAUACGAGCUGGUAUCGCCGCAGUACCAUCAACGACAGCGGGCCAAACAAUCAAAAAUCAAUUUAACACCAUUUACAGCGCAGAACACAUUGCCGGGACAGUUUGUACCCAUUAUUUAUACGCCAGUGAGCAGCAAUGAUCAGCAGCAGCAGCAGCAUAAUGGCAAUACCAUCAAUUACAACAACAACAAGCCAGAAAUUGUCUACGAAGAUGCGACGCCGCCACAUAAAAAUUCCCAUCAAACACAAAUCGUUGCGGAUUAUGCAGCGGCAGUUGCCUCAGCGGAGCAGCAAUCUGCCGAGGAGCAGCAGCAGCAGCAGCAGCAACAACAGCAACCAGAGGAGGAGCAACAACCACCACCACCAAGCAUUGGCUAUGGUGUCUACAGCGAGGCAGCUGGCCCAUCCACAGCUGACGUAGCUGGCGGCGACGCUGCUGCUGCUGGUGCAGGUUCAGGUCCAGCUCAAUCCUCAUUACCCGCCACGAAAACCGCACUGAUAAUCCAUCAAAAAUCGAACGCAUACGGCGGACAUGUGAGCAAGUACGAGAGUUACUUCAACAUGGCACCACCAUCGCCCUCGCAUCCCAAUCAGCAUCAUCCGAAUCAUCAUCAGCAUCAUCCACAACAGAGUCAGGGACACAUGACGCCCCAGGAGAAGUAUGUGCUUUACUUACAACAACGCAUGAAACACCAGAAACAUCAGCAACACCAACAACAGCUGCAGCAGCAAAAGCAACAACACUACGACUUCCCUCAUGCGGCUAGGCCAGCGCAAAGCAAUACAUUAGCUGGGAAACCACACCCACCACAGCCACCACACACUCCUCAUCAGCAUCCCAAUCAGCUAACCCACACCCAGACACAGUCGCAGUCGCAGUCUCCACACAAGUACGAUGCGCCUUAUGUGCGUCCGGAUACGGCCGCUGGUCAACAGGUGCUGCACAUUCCACUGCGCGCCCUUUUGGCCCAUGUAAACGAACAGUCGCUGUCGGAGACACAAACGCAAUCCCAGCCGCCGCGCCAUCACGAGUUCGUUAAGGAAGCGCCGCUUGGUUCCCCAGCACCGCCACAAUACAUAGACUACCUGAUAGACGGACCCAGGCAAUCCUUGGACGAGGAACAGCAGCAGCAGCUGCAGCAUCCUCAUGAGCCAUCCCAGGCAGCGCCGCCUCAACUGCAGCAUGCCUACAUCCUGGUAACCACAACGGCACCGCACACGGAUCACCAGCCAGCUGGACCGAACCUACAGCGGCAUCCCGACAUAUCCACGCCACGACCGGCGGUGAUCUACAAGCAGCAGCCAACGCUGCGGCUGCAGCCGGUGCACACCUACAAGGCCACCAGGCGACCCGUUUAUGUGACAACGCCCGCGCCCACGCCCAGUCACACGGUGGAGAUCACGCCCAAGUACGUUUAUGUGUCCAGCAAAGCCAAUAAGGCGGUGGCGCCGGCACCUCCACCCUCCCCCAGCAGAGAACCUUCCACUGUGACGCCCAUCAAGCUGAAGCCCGUCUACAAGUACGCCCACGAGCGACCACCACUGACGCCUGCUGUUCAGGGACAUCCCGCGGUCUACGAUGACCAACUGCCGGACAUACGCACCUCCUCGCUGGCCGAGAUUCUGCACAAGCUGCAGGCGAGCAAUCAUCUGCCGCAGACCCUCACACCCGACAACAUUGACAACUCGAUCAAGACGCUGAUUCGCAUUCUGCAGAACCUCAAGCAGACACAGACCAUUGCCUCCAGUCCGCCGCAGCAUCACGAGACAAAGCACAGCGGCGCCUCCCACGAGGACUACGACUACAACACGGACAGCGGAGAGGAUCAUGCAACCGCCACAUCAGCGGACAAGGGACCAAAUAAACAUCCGGGUCCGAGCACUGGACGCGCUGGCAUUGAUUAUCCCAACUAUUCGGUGAUUCCACAGACCAGCUUCGAGUGCACCAAGCAACGCUACAAGGGAUUCUUUGGCGAUCCAGAAACCAACUGCCAGGUGUGGCACUACUGCGAUCUCAACGGUGGCAAGGCCUCCUUUCUGUGCCCCAAUGGAACCAUCUUCAGUCAGAUUGCUCUCACCUGCGACUGGUGGUUCAACGUGAAAUGCUCGACAACGGCACAGCUUUAUGUGCUGAACGAGCGCCUCUACAAGUACAUAUUGCCCUUCAAUCCGAAGUUCCCCGAGGACUACAAUGGACCCAUUGUGGACAAAUAUCUGGCCAUGAAGUUCCAGGAAAUGGAGGAGAAGAUGCGUCAGGAGAAGCAGCGCAAGACCAAUGAGCAGGCAGAGAAGCCCGUGGAGGUGGCCCCAUCCACGCCGGCGCUGCCCAAGAACCACAAGCCAUCGCCCAAGCAUGGCAGCGGCAUCAAUGCCCAGGUGUACGAGCAGAGCUCCGAGCGGAAUCUGCUGAUUGAUGACGAGAUCGAUGACAUUUCGGAGCGCGGCUCCUACGACACAUACGACCAGGCGCCGACCACUGUCAUGUCCCCCACCAGCACUCAGGGUACGCAGCAAUCGUUUGUGCUCAGACCCAUAGUCGUGUCUUCCACGCCGCAACCAGAGGCAGACUUUGAUGUGGAGCCAACUGCGCUGCUGCAGGGCAGCGAGGAGCAGGAACAGGAACAGGAACAGGAGGACAAGCUGCAGAGUCUGCGCGACACUAAGGCGGCGGAACAGAAGCAGGGCACCACCCGAGUGAGCGUGGAGAAGCUGGAGGUGAUUGAGAUCAAGACGGACGGCGACACGGGCCAACUGAUGCCCAUCAAGGAGAGCGGUGAAUGAGAGGGCUGAGGGUUGGGGAGUGUAGCGCAAGAGCUUGCCAUAUUUGUAAUGAGAAUCAGAAUCGUAAUCGUAUGUUGUAUAUGCCUUAAAUUAUUCUUAGCGAGCAAGUACUGUAAAUAGCUAGCCGUAAUGCCACACAUAAUGCCUAU